AUGGGUGCCUAUCCGGGCCUUGCUCAGAAUCACCAAAAUCUCACUUUGUCAUCUCCAUAUUUUCUCAAAUUUCUCCAUGUUUCUUUGCAAUUGUCGACUUCACCCAUGUUGUGUUUUCCUUACUGUCGUGUGCAGUUUAUCCUCUCGAUGUGGCUACCUGCAUCGCAUCUCGGUUAUGCUCCUCUCUUUAUGGAUAAAAUCCAUGAAAGGCGUCGUCCAUCAUCGAUUGAAGCUUUAGCUCAGGUCCCAGAUAUUUCAUGUUGGCUAGGUCAAGCUUCUUCCGACCAGAUUCACCAUUAG